AUUACUUUUACUCAGAAUUGAUUUAAAUUAACACCCCCUAGAGUCCGUUCCUGAUAGUGUAAGAGUGGAUAUCCGUUGUUAUGAGAAUCACUCUGAAUUUACACUCUGGCUCGUUCAAUUGGCCACACCCACCACUUGAACCUCUCGUCCUUGGCGGUGCAGCGGAACACAGUCACACCGUAUGAGGCACUCAGACUGCGUCAUCGAACUUUUUUCAUCCAAAUUUCUUCUUUCUACGGUAAGUUACGUUUCAGUUGGUAAAAUUGUUUCUUUUGGAUUGAUAUAGCCUUACCAAUGAGUCUGGAGCGAAUGGCAUUUGUAGGAAAAUAUCUUGAAAGGUUCGUUUUUGUGUUUUUUAGCUAGCUAACGUUAGCUUAGCUCGCUAGCCCUGGCCAACACUGCUCGACCAGGGUUUAGCUAAUAUUAGUUCCUCAAAUUAUUAAAAGUGUCAAUAAAGGAAAGGCUUUAUGAGUAAUGGUAAUAUUUUGAAAAGGUUGUACACUAUACAAGUAAGUUAUAGUAUGAUAACAUUACACAUGUGCAAGGCACAUUGUAGCCACAUUUCCUUCGCGCCUGCUCGGCACAGUACGUCUUCUCGCCUGAGGUUCCAAGCGAGAUGAAGCGGCGACAGCAACGUAGCUUUCUGCUGUAGUCACGGCUUUUUAUUGUAAGAGAACGAAUAUGGAGAGCAGAAAACUUUCACACAAGUGACUUUAAGGGUCUUUCAGUCGCCGUGCUAUAUUACGGCUCCACUCACGAUGCGGUUAUAUGGAAAUACAACUAAACUGAGAUGAGCUGAGUCAGCUAAAGGAGCGUCGAGCCGGACCGCGCCGAGUAGGCACUUCGGAAAAGUGGCUUGUGUUUGGUAGUGUUGGGUUAAAUGUGUGGUGAUGUACAGUGUUUCCUGUUAACGUUAAUUAACGAGACAGGGGCGUUUGAGUCUCUCAUGGAGACAAAAUGUUUUGUUAUUUCUUUCAGCAUUUCACCUUCCCUCAUCUCUGUCAUUGUCAUGUACAGCUAAAUGUUAAAUUUGUGCGGUAGUUGCAGUAAUUAGCCCUCCCCCCACCUCCAAAUGUGUGUAAAAGUAAAAAAUUAGGAAUAAUAAUAAGUUAUGCCAUUCUUGUCUUUGAAGCGACAUGCUGGUCCCUGUAGAAUAUAAAGGAGUCAGCAAAUGGGUCAGGGUACCACAGGCAGAGGACGAGUACAAUUACUCCCAGUUUUUGCAAGCAGUGCUGGCAAAAUUCAAUUUGCCAGGUUCUGCUUCCUUGAGCCUGAAGGAUUCCUCAAACGUUGAAGUGGAUUCGGACAUAUUUGAUGAACUCUUGAAAUCAUCUGGGGUGUCUUUCAAGGCCGAAGACUGUGAUGGUAGCACUGCUGAGGAGGAGUUCUCCGAGGGCUCGUCUGUAUCAGACUGGUCACCAUCACCUGCAUCCCAAGGGUCAUCAUCAGGUUCUGACUCAACGCUGAUACUGGAUUCUACCAAAGCUCGGAAAAGACAGCUGAUUGAAGGACCACUGGAUAGCAACGUUGCAAGAGAUAAUGUCAGAGUCGCUCUGUAUUCAAAGCCUGGUGGAAACGAAAUAUUCAAAGAGUACGAGAAAACAAGCACCAUCAGUGAUGUUACAAGAAGAAAGAUGGUAAACAUUCUCGUGGCAGAUAUGGUGGAGAGCCAUGGGAGGGUUCCUCCAAUGAAUGUGCGGAUCCUCUACGCACUAGGGAUUAUAACACUGUUCCCUAAAUUGAAGGACCCAGAUUCCAAGAAUGGCUAUGAACAUUUCUAUGAUCACCAGAGUGGUUCUGGCUACCUAGCAUGGAGGCUGAAAACUGUUCAGCGGAACUCUGCUCAGGACAGCAAGAAAUCCAGGACCACUUUCCAAGAGGGCCCCAAGAGUCCACGCAGUAUCCGUUCAGAUGAGAAGCAGUUGACUGGUGAUGAAUGCAGGGAAGCCAUAUCGGCGAUGAAACACUCAAGUGAUACGACCCUUGUCAAAAAUAAGAUGAAGGCAACAUUCCAGCACAGGCAAAAGGUGGUUCAAGACCUGGUUACUGCCUCUACUGUCCUGGAUCUCUUUCCUAGAUUCUUGGAUACACCUGGCUUGAUCGACCAAGACUUCACAAUGAUCUUCGGUGAGGAGGUGUCUGGUAAAUUCCUUUCCAAGUGGCCAACAUUUUUCAAACCGAGGGUCAUCGCAGAUUGCUGCAAGAAUCUAACUCCGAGUCCGCGUGUGGAUGAGCUACUUGUGUCUGCACAACAGGAGUCUGAUGAUGGUGUGUGGCAUUCUGAAGAGUGGGACUCUGAGACGGCCGCCAUCCUUCUGCUCCUUCACCUCUUGCCUCCAACAGUUAAAGGCAAGAAGACCAGCAAGAUGAGUGCAUCGGAUGCUGCUGGACGCCUGAUCAAGUUCAUGAAGGUGGGGUCAAGCAUGGAGACCUUCCUUAAGGAAACUGGCCCCCAAACAGCCCUUUCUUCUCGGAUGCAGACCCCAGUUGCUGCCUUUGAUGAGCUCUUCAAGGCACAUUAUGUUUUUGCUGUGUCGUAUGAUGAUGCGCUGUCCAGCUUCUUCAUCUUCAUCCAGACCACCGUGUAUGGCAUCGACGUCGGCAAAGUGAAAGAGAGUCCUCGGGUAAAAGAAAUCAGCGCGAGGCUUCUUCACUGUGAAGUCUGA